AUGGCUCAAAAAGCGAAAAAAGACCGCGCCAAAUCCAACGCGGCCUCCCUCAACAACCUGCACAUCGGAUCCCUCGUCGUCCACGUGCUCUUCCUCCUCUCGCACUUUAUCUUCCGCUCUCGAUCUCUGCUCGUCUACGGCCUCGUCUCGGUCCCCAGCUUCAUCUGCGAAUAUAUCCUCGAGACGUCUGGCCGACCCAAGUACGAUGCCGCAACCGGCGCCCUCAAGAGCUCGGGCGAAGACCUGGCAGCUGCCGGCUUGACGGAGUACAUGUUUGAUGUCAUUUGGGUGACGUGGGGAUCCCUCAUCUCUGCGAUACUGUUUGGCAAAUGGGGCUGGAUGCUGUAUGCCGUGGUUCCUGCAUACGGCGCCUAUCUCGCCUACGGACUUUUGGGCAUGGGCAAGAAUGCACUCGCUUCGAUGCAAGGUGGUGGCAGUGCCGACAACAACGCCGCGCCGCAAGGAAACCGUCGAGCACGGAGGACUGCUUAA